AUGCACAAUGUAUCUAGUUCGGCAUCAGUUGUAAUUGGAGCAUACUCAUAUCGUAUCGCCGGAAGCACGAAAAGUGGGAUGUUAAGGAGAUACAAGGGGGCUCAUUCUUGCAUGCAAACUUCGAUGGGACAAGACCAUGGUAGGUUGGAUUUGAAGGUGAUUGCGCAAUACAUCUUCACGAUGGUCAAAGCUGAUCCAACAAUCAGCAUCAGGGUUCUCCAAGGAGGUGUCGAGAAUCACUUUCGUUACAAGGCGUCCUAUAGAAAGAUGUACUUGCUGGGUACUUGGGUGCAAUUGGUGACUCAGCCUUGGCCUGGUUCCACAUAUACUGUCAUGUUUCAUUGGGUCUUUUGGACAUUUCCACCGUGUGUUGAGACUUUCAGGCAUUGCAAGCCACUUAUUUCUAUUGAUGGCACUCACCUAUAUGGUAAAUGCGGUAGGACCUUGCUGAUGGCGAUAGCUCAAGACGGGAAUGCAAACAUUCUGCCUAUUGCAUUUGCCGUUGUCGAGGGUGAGACAAAGGAGGCGUGGUCUUUCUUUAUGUUGUAUCUGCGGGAGCAUGUCACACCACAACCCGGACUCUUAGUGAUUUUAAACAGACACAAACCCAUUGAUGGUGCAUUGAACGCCAAGGAGAAUUUAUGGAAAUCACCUCACGCCUUCCAAGCUUUUUGUACAAGACACAUUGCGGCCAACUUCAUGAGCCACUUUAAGAACAAAGACUUGAAGAAAAGGUUCUAA